AUGUGGUUUCCAUUAAUGAUGUCAUUGUUUGGAGAAAUUUGCUGCCAAGCGAAGGAAGGAUUGUACAGCAGGGCCCACAGUUAUCUUAUUGUAUCCGGACAGAAAACGCCUGUUUGUUACGACGCGCAGAUGAUAAUGUCAACAAACAUUGUCGCGAGAUCUUCAUCGGAGUGCUUGAUCAAAUGUUUGAUAACGACGAAGCAGAACUUGAGAGGCAUUAACUACAUGUCUCCAGUGAGAUCUUGCUCCUGUGUUCAUAAGUUGAACAACAUCUGGUACAAUGUGACCGCUGAUUUGAAUGCUUCAUGUCUGGCUUUUGUCUCACAUGAUUGUCCAAAACCGUUUGAUUACAUAAUCGAAGUGCACAAAUGUUAUUCAUUGGUCAACAACUUAAUGAAUUGGAGCACUGCUGGUAAGGCUUGUAACAACGCGUCUGGGCAUCUGUUGGCUGUCGAAGACGAAUAUGAAAAUUUGGCUGCAUCGAAGUACCCGCAAUCUGUUUCUAAGGGCGUCAAUAUACCCUUAAGUUUUUUUGGGUGGUGUUCGGGGGAACCAAAUGGAGUCGCCAAUGGCAACAAUUACUGCCUGCAAUACAUAAUUUUACCAGAAUGUGCCUGGGAUGAUUACACUUGCACUAUGUUGAGAUGCAGCCUCUGUGAGAUCGAUAUCACUCUGUAA